GAAACUGAUAGACAGGCAAUAAUGAUGGGUCUAUUGCUACAUGCAAAUGGAAAGGAACUGAUCAGGAGGCAAAUGUUUAAAGAUGCACUAGAAGUGCUCACCAUGGGAGAGGAGGCUUUCUCUCUUUGCAAUCCUAAGUCUAUUGAACUUGUUGACAAUGUCUCUAUUUUGCAGAUAGACAUCGUGUGGUGUUAUUUCAUGCUUCGUGAUAUUGCAUGGCUAUCUGCGGCAGGAGUGCGCCUUAAUAAGGCUAGAGAAGGACUUGAAUGCGCUCAUGGCAAGGACUCUACCCAUUUCAGACUCCUUCAAGAAGGCCGCUCUUCAGAGCUUGCAUUAUAUCUGAGAAGAGUUGUUGGAAGGAGUGAUUGCAUACCAUGA